UCAGAGAUCAUUUACAACACUCGGAGUCAAGCUGUGCUUCAGUCUAGUUUUUGUGUGUGUGUGUUUGAGAUGUUGGACCAUCAGUGUGUGUCUCCUGUCAUCGAGGUCUUCAUUCCGUCUCUCAUGAGGGAAGUGGAUGAGACGGGAAAGUUGCGCAAACUCUUCAGGGUGGAGAUUCUCUUCAAUGGAAGGAAGCACUUUGUUUUACGGCGACACGGUGAGUUUCAGGCGCUUCACAGGAGGGUGAAGAAGAUUCUGCGAGUUCCUGAUUUCCCCAGCAAGAGAAAUCAACACCUCCGGACCAAACCGCUGGAGCAAAGACGACAGGAGCUCGAGGACUACAUCCAGGUGAUUCUCUAUCAGAACGAUGUUGUUCCUCAAGAGCUUCUGGACUUCCUGCAGGUCAAACAUUUUCAUUCGGCGAGCAAGAGCUGCGGCUCUGAUGAAAACCAGUCAGAUUAUUGUCGAGAGCAGGAACACAGAUUUCAGUUAUUUCAUCAGCGAGUAGUUGGUUUUUCGGCUGACCCUUACCAGCUUGAAUCCAGAUCAGAUCUUCCUGAUAUCGUGGUUGCUGGUGUCCUGCAGGGUUUUUACCCUAAAGAUGUCAAAGUGAGUUUCAAAAAGACCUGCGGUAAACCCAUUGGCGUCACCUGUGCACCAGCACAGCCCGUGCAUCCCAAAAUCCCCAUUAUUACCAUCAACAGAAGCAGCGUCAGCUCACUGCCAGUAUGAGCAUCGCCUGGCAACUUGCUCUCUUUUAAAUGUGCCUUUACUUGAUUGUACAGUAUGGAUUGAAUCCUUCUCAUGUUAAUAUUGCAACCGUUUAGAUGUUAUGUCUUUAAAAACAGCCCCAUUAAUCAUAUUUAGCACAAAAAAUAAAUUAAAUUCCGGGUAACACUUUAUUUUGAUAGUCUAUUUGAGUAUUAGUAGACUGUCUGCUUAAUAGCUGUUGAUACUGCUGCUAAUCAGACAUAUAACUGACUAUAAGAAACUUAUAGCAAGUACAUGUCAACUUACACUAACCCUAACAGUCUACUUAUAAUCUAAUGAGAAUUAGCUGCCAUGUAGAUGCAAUGUAACUUAAUUCAACUAACGGACCAUCAAAAUAAAGUGUGACCAAACCCGAAGUACAACUGUAGUCAUACACCAUAUUCAUAACUUUUUACUGUUAGAAUAUAUUUAUGUUUGACAAACAGAAAUCAUAAUGAUACUAAACAAAAAGCAUAUAAACGUGACUAACUUUAUAGAAUUGUAAUAACUCUAUUUAAAUAGAAGCAUUAAUAACAUUUAAGUAUCCUGUGAUAUACAUUACUAAUAGUAAUAUAAAUAUAAUAACAUGGUAAUAAGUCAAAUUUAACAAAUUUACUUAAGUUAAUAUUAUAACUUAAGAUAUAAACAACCCGGACAUCUUUUCAAACUUGGGGAAAUUCAUAUUUUAGCAAUCACUGAUAUUAUUAUUAUGAUUUUUUUAUUAUUAUGUUGUACUGAAUCAACAUUUCCCCCCUUAAUUUUUAAUUUUUUUUUUUAAGUAAAACUUUAUUAUGAAUUUGAGUUUAUUAAUAAUAAUAAUAAUAAUAAUAAUAAGCUUUUACCACAAUCCAGAGUUUAGGAUCACUGAUUUUAUUAUGAUUUUUUAUUAUGUUGUACUGAAUCAACAUUUCCCCCCUUAAUUAAUUUUUUUUUUUUUUUAAGUAAAAAUUUAUUAUGAAUUUGAGUUUAUUAAUAAUAAUAAUAAUAAUAAUAAUGCUUUUACCACAAUACAGAGUUUAGGAUCACUGAUUUUAUUAUUAUGAUUUUUUUAUUAUGUUGUACUGAAUCAACAUUUCCCCCCUUAAUUUUUUAAAAGGUAAAACUUUUAUUAUGAAUUUGAGUUUAUUAUUAUUAUUAUUAAGCUUUUACCACAAUCCAGAGUUUAGGAUCCGUGAUUUAGUUUGAUUGUGACACAACAUUUCUGUAUUUUAAAUCAACUUGCAUUUUUAUUUUGAGUAUCAAAUAAGUGAUUUGUUCAUGUUUAAAAAAAAAAAAAAAAAAGGCUCAUAAUUAAAUCACGAC